AUGGUUUAUUUAUUUUUAAUUAUUUGUAUUUUAUCAAUAAUAGAUAUUUUACAAUCUUUUAAUGUAGAUGCUAAUAAUGACGAUGUACUUAGAAGGCUUCCACAACUCAAUAAAGAGUUCAGAGCAAGACCAAGAAAUUUAAAUGGUUUUCAAGAUAAAGCAAGAGACACUAAAAUCAAGUUUAAUGGAAGACAUAUAAAAGAAUUUGAUAAAAAUGAACCUCCAAUAAAUGUGGCGGAUAAUAAAAAAAAAAAAUUUGGAAUACAAUCAAAACAUUCAUCUCAAAAUGAUAAAAGUGCGUUUAACAUUGAAAAAUAUUUAGGAAGAAAUAGAGUAAGUAAUAAAAUUUGGCAACAUGUAUGGAAACAUUGUAAAGAACCUCGUUGUUAUGCUGCAAAUAACUUUGCACCAAUGUUAGGAAAACUUUUAGAAGAGACAAAUUAUUAUCGAAAGUUACAUAAUGCAAAACCUCUUACCAUAUCACAUAGACUUAAUAUGAUGGCUUAUUUACAAGCUAAAAAGAAUGCUUUUGGUGGUAAAAUACCUCACUAUAUGGAUCGUAUGUAUGGUAAAAUUAGCGGUAUUAUUGAAACCAUUUAUUGUCCUUUAAUGGCUAAAAGAUGGUAUGAUGAAGGUUUAAAAUAUAAGUAUGGAGUAAAUAUGGUAACACCAGCAGCAUAUCAUUUCACAACAUUAGUUUGGAAAGCGACAAGUCAAAUUGGUAUAGCAAUUAUUAAAAGAAAUCCUUACGUUUAUUAUACAUUUAUGUUUUGGCCAAGAGGUAAUGAAAAAAAUUAUUUUAGAUAUAAUGUUUCAAGACCUAUAUAUAAUAGUUUAUUUAUGUCAAAAUUGUUUAAAAGUGGAUAUUAA